AGUUGAUUCAUUUGCGUUACUACUUACUUGGAUCUCUCUUAUACCAAAAUUGCGGCAUUGCCAGAGUCAUUGGGUAACCUAUACAAUUUGCAGACCUUGAAGUUGUCUUCCUGUAGUAAUCUGAAAAUGCUUCCUGUUUCCAUGAAAGACCUUGUAAAUUUGCGCCAUCUUGAUAUUGGAGGGAUUGGGUUGCAUGAGAUGCCGAAAGGCAUGAGCAAAUUAAAAAGCCUACAGUUUUUAAGUGGUUAUGUUGUUGGAAAGCAUGAAGAAAACAAGAUUAAAGAAUUGGGGGCACUUGCAAAUCUACACGAUUCAAUUUGGAUUGACAAAUUGGAGGAUGUGGUCGACAGCAGUGAAGCUUUGGAGGCAAGAAUGUUUGAUAAGAAUAGCAUUAACUCUUUGAGCUUGUGGUGGUCAGUAAAUAAAGAUGAGAACACAGUUGAUUCCCAAAUGGAAAGCGAUAUACUUGACAAGUUACGACCUCACACUAAUUUGAAAGAAUUACAGAUCAGGGGUUACAGGAGUACGACCUUUCCAGAUUGGUUGGGACAUUCUUUGUACCACAACAUCAUCACAAUGAAACUGGGUGAUUGUAGGAAUUGUUGUAAGCUUCCUUCACUUGGACAAUUGCCCUCUUUGAAGCACCUAUCUAUUUCAGAUUUUGGAAGUGUGGAAAUUGUGGGUGCUGAGUUUUACUUUUACCAUUACGAUGAAUCUUGUUUGGAGACUCCAUUUCCAAAUCUUGAAACUCUUUCGUUUGUGUCAAUGCGUUGCUGGAAGGAGUGGCGUUCAUUGGAGUACAAUGCAUUUCCUCGACUUAGGGAGCUUACCAUAAGUUCGUGUCCGAUGUUGAGAGGAGAUUUGCCCAGUCAGCUACCAUCUUUGCAAUCACUUCAGAUUAAGUGUUGCAAGCAGCUCAGUUCUUGUCUUCCAAGAGCUCCCGCGCUGACAUCUUUAAGCAUAGAAGAUGGCAAUAAAGCGAGAAUCGAGGAGCUACCUCCUUUACUGCGUGAACUAUCAAUUGCAGGAAAGCAUGAAGUGGAGUGGGUGGUGGAGGCCAUUAUGCACAUGCAACUGACUUGCCUCACUUCUUUAUGGAUCGAAAAUUGUUCCUCCCAUAUAUCGUUUCCAGUGAGCUGUAUUCCCGCAUCACUACAAGAGUUGACGAUACAGCAUUGCAGAAAAUUAGAAUUCCAAAUGGAUGGCCAACAUUACUCGCUGAAGGAGUUAUCAAUACAUAGCAGCUGUGAUUCAGUUACAUCCUUCUCGUUGUUGGAUUCCUUUCCGAAUCUCGUGCGUGUUGAUAUCAGAAACUGUAAAAACAUGGAGUGUAUUGUGGUGUCACGAUCUCUUUCAUGUCUCCGUUCUUUAAUAAUCCGCUAUUGUCGGAGUUUGAAAUCUGUGUCAACGUUAUGGAUGGCAGCAUCUCAGCUAGAGCAUCUCACAGUACUGGAAUGCCCAGAGAUCGAAUUGUGUCCUACAGGGGACGGGGAUCCACACCGUAGCCUCAGAUCCCUUAGCAUCAGCUACUGCGAGAAACUGGGGAACUCUGAAGCAUUCAUGAAUUCGCAGUUUCAUGGGCUUACUCAUCUUAACAUUGAAGGUGGAUCCGGGGAGAGUGUGAAGUGUUUUCCAAAGGAAGGUUGGUUGCCUGCCUCACUUGAGUCCCUCUCACUGGAACGCAUUCAAAGUGUGGAGACGUUGCAAUGCAAGGGACUUGCCCACCUCACCUCCCUGCAGAAACUAAGUAUAGAGUAUUGUCCCAAGCUGGAGAAUAUCGAGGGAGAAAAGCUGCCUGCCUCUCUAAUACGACUCUUCAUCAACAGAAGCCGGUUGCUGGGUAAACGGUUGGAGACGAAGGACCCACAGGUUUGGCCCAAAAUUUCCCACAUCCCUGGCAUUCAAGUUAACUACACAUGGAUUUGGUAAUCCAAAAACUUCAACAGGUAAUCCGACAACCAUUCUUAUUAAUGUGUUAUACCAUUCUUACUUAACACUUAUACCUUCUCAUACAGAUUAUCCAGCUAUGGUUUUGCUUUUGCUGUAUGAACAAUAUUCAAUCAUUGCAACAAACACAGGUGAAUGCUGAUAAAUAAGACAAGAUUAGUAAGAUUUUUAUAUAGUUUAUAAUGUUCUAAUAACACUGAUUACUCAAAAUAUAUCAUAACUUAGAUGUGGUGGCAACAGGUGAGAGUGAAACUUUCUGGCAGAAAGCAAUUGAGCAACAAGGGCCAGCGACAAUCAUGGACACAAUUGAGCAAGUCACCAAUUGCAUUGGAAAAUUUAAUAUCUCCCGCUUUAUUUUUUUCUGGAACCUAUAGCCUUUUGAAGAUUGAGAUUUUUGGUUUGGUUCUUCUUUCUAGAAACCUCAUGGUCAUGGUCUUAUUUGGAAGAUUCAU